AUGAAACAAGCUGGUAAAUUUGAAACAACAAUUUAUAGAAAACCGACUCUCUCAAAUUUAAUUACACAAUGGUCAUCGUUUGUUCCAAAAAGUUAUAAAAUCGCCAUAAUACGUUCAAUGAUCAACAGAGCUGUUGCAAUUUGCUCUAAUUAUUCGCUUCUACACGAAGAAUUCCUAAACAUUACCACAAUAGCUGUUAUCAACGGUUACCCGGUAAAUUUCAUUAAUACACAAAUUGGCAUACAUUUAUCAAAAUAUAUUAAUAAAACACAAACUUCGAAUCAGUCAUCGGACAACAGCACACAAACAGCAGAAAAAAUAAAAUAUGCUUAUGUGGAAGUCCCAUAUACUGGUCAACCCAGCUAUACAUUUAUUAAUAAAUUACGUACAUUCACAAAACAAUAUGAUCCACAGACAGCACUGCGUGCUGUCCUAAGACCGCCACCCGCAAUCAAAAAUAAUUAUCAAAUAAAAGAUCCCAUAUCACUUCAAUUGCAGUCUGAUGUAGUCUAUCAUUUACAAUGUAAAAAUUGUUCAGAUACUUACAUUGGAAAAACCAUACGACAAACUAUUAGACGGUUUAAAGAGCAUGGUGCACCAACUAACAUAACGUCAUCACAUCUGCCAACCUCACCCUUACCGCCAUCCGCCAUACCUAGUAAUAAUAAUAAUAUUUUCAUUCAAAAUACAGCAUUGAAAAACAAACUACUUGAUAUAAUCAAUGAUCCAAAAAUAAUACACUUAGACAUACACGAUCUUGGCAUCAAAAUAAAUUCAAUAUCACCAACGACAAAAUCAUCAGAAACAAAUCCACCACACCAAUACCUAAAUUAUAUUUCAAUCAAAAACUUAAAACAACAUCAAAAGGAAAAUGAUCAUACAAUAGACUGGACUAAUUGGAAAAGACUAUUCACUGACAGUAAUCGUUAUCGAUUACUACUAAAAGAAGCUUUAGCUAUGAAACACUUAAGCCCUACACUAAAUCUAAAUGUUAGAUCUGUUCCCUAUACCAUCUAUCCAGAAGGUAAAAAAGCAACCAGUUUCUCAUCUGCCCCUUACAAGAAAUAA